CCGCUCCAGUCAUCCAGGGCGCCUCGAUCCCUCUCAGGCAGCGGGAGCCGGUGGGCACUGACUUCCAACUCACCCAUGCCUAUUUCCUGUAAUGGACGAACUUGAUGCCAGUGUGAGUUCUAAGGAGGGUUUCAGGUCAGUGGAGAAGGUCGUGCUGCUCACGUUUCUCUCGGCGGUUAUCCUGAUGGCCAUCUUGGGGAACCUGCUGGUGAUGGUGGCUGUAUGCAGGGACAGACAGCUCAGGAAAAUAAAAACCAACUAUUUCAUUGUCUCUCUUGCCUUUGCGGAUCUGCUGGUUUCUGUACUUGUGAUGCCCUUUGGUGCCAUUGAGCUGGUUCAAGACAUCUGGAUUUAUGGGGAGAUGUUUUGCCUGGUCCGGACCUCUCUAGACGUCCUGCUGACAACGGCAUCAAUUUUUCACCUCUGCUGCAUUUCUCUGGAUAGGUAUUAUGCCAUCUGCUGCCAGCCUUUGGUCUAUAGGAACAAGAUGACCCCACUACGCAUCGCAUUAAUGCUGGGAGGCUGCUGGGUCAUCCCCAUGUUUAUCUCUUUUCUCCCUAUAAUGCAAGGCUGGAAUAACAUUGGCAUAAUUGAUUUGAUAGAGAAAAGGAAGUUCCAUCAGAACUCCAACUCUACGUACUGUAUCUUCAUGGUCAACAAGCCCUAUGCCAUCACCUGUUCUGUGGUGGCCUUCUACAUCCCGUUUCUGCUCAUGGUGCUGGCCUAUUAUCGCAUCUACGUCACAGCUAAGGAGCACGCCCACCAGAUCCAAAUGUUACAACGGGCAGGAGCCCCCUCAGAGGGCAGACCCCAGGUGGCAGACCAGCAUAGCACUCAUCGCAUGAGGACAGAGACCAAAGCGGCCAAGACCCUGUGCAUCAUCAUGGGUUGCUUCUGCCUCUGCUGGGCUCCAUUCUUUGUCACCAAUAUUGUGGAUCCGUUCGUAGACUACACUGUCCCUGGACAGGUGUGGACCGCUUUCCUCUGGCUCGGCUAUAUCAAUUCUGGAUUGAACCCCUUUCUUUACGCCUUCUUGAAUAAGUCUUUUAGACGUGCCUUCCUCAUCAUCCUCUGCUGUGAUGAUGAGCGCUACCGAAGACCUUCCAUUCUGGGCCAGACUGUCCCCUGUUCAACCACAACCAUUAAUGGAUCCACCCAUGUGCUAAGGGACGCAGUGGAGUGUGGUGGCCAAUGGGAGAGUCAGUGCCACCCCCCAGCAACUUCUCCUUUGGUGGCUGCUCAGCCCAGUGACACUUAGACCCCAGGGGCAGUGACUCAGAAGACAGCCAUCCCUCCAAGAGAGGGCCAGGUCCUAAGCUGCUGCUUGUGCAUGACUGCACCUGGUGUUCUCUUCACUGGAGCAUUCCAUCCGUCAGAACAGGCACCCAUGCCCACCAGGGCUUUCCUCCGGGAUUGCAGCAGGCGGCGUUUGUGAGAGUCAGGGGACAGGACAGCCCGGUUGUUUGCUCGGGGUUCUCCUCCAGAGAUUCCUCCCAUGAAGGGAUUUUUCAUUUCCCAGAACUCUCUCUUCCUGGCAUCUCGCCCUUGUCUCACACUGUCUGUUGUCCCCAGUCUGUCCCCUUCCUGUGCCUAGUUGGUCUCACUCAUGUUCCAAACAGGAUCACUCCCUGUGUCCUAUCUCAGUCGUAGGUGUCCCUAACCAUGCCUCCUUUGCUGUGCCUCCUUAUAGACACUCAAAACACAUCCUCUUUGUCUCGGUCAGAGUCAUGUUCCAAACGCACACAUUUCUUGCUUGUUCACAGCUAUGUUCAAACGACUCACUGUCUCAUCUCUGUCCUGUUCUGUGCCCGACACUAGCAUCCUUCCCUCCCGGUGUCUGGGUCCAAAGGUGUGUCCUUCUGACCAGCCCUCGUGUCAGUCGCAGACUUCCACUUGCUGUUCCUUAUGUCCUUCUCUUCGGGGCAUGCUCCAUUUAUUUACCAAGGAAGAAACGGGGGCAAAGAUAUACCCGAGGAAAACGGUCUCCACAGCAACCUUGGAGGGAAACAGAAGACAGACAGCUCCCUCCCAGCGCCAUGGCCUGAGGCCCUUGUGUUCCGAGAUGCCCACCUUCCUCUUGAACUAGCACAGCAUCUUCUUGUAGAGAGACUUGGGCAGGGCCGGCCGCAUCGUCGUGUUUAUGAAAAGACUUCGGAAUCUUUCCCGUGAGCUUGUGGUGAGGACCACUGUACCAGUUUAUAAUCCUGGAAUCAGGCCCUGUCGCUCCCAAAGGAGAGAACUGUUGGGAGCUCACAGUGCCGAGACCUGUCACGCACUGCAGUCCCCCGGUGGAGGAGGAAGGACCAAGCAGUUCUGGGGCUGGAAAACUUGGAGGACCCAAAUUCUAGCCCUGGCUCUACUCCUAACAUGCUGUGAGAUCUUGAUCCAGCCCUUCCCUCCCUGCACCCCACUUUCUACAUAUGUCAACUGAAGUUUAGACUAGGGGAUCUCUAGGAUUCCUCUCCGUUUCCAGGACAAUGGGAUACUGCUGCAGCUGUCUGCUACCUCGAAAAGCCAUGGCCAGCCUGCCUUUUGACUGUUUCAAAGAAACUAGCUGCCUCAUUUGGGCCUUCUAGACCCUUGACCUUGCCAGCUUUGCCCUUCAGAUUAACCAGGAUAUCCUUCAUUCAAAGCUGAGUCCAUGGCUCUUGCGGGUUGCCCCAGAGUGAAGAUUCCAGGGAAGGAAACACCAUCACCUCGCAGAGCCAUGGGAGGUUUUCACUUUGAUAUUGGCUGUGAUUUGAUAGCAUCUCAGGAUUUUCUCAUACUCACUUUGUUCCCGCUGCUUAAGAAAUAUCAGCUACCAUUUCUGUUGAUGUUUACUUUAGUUCUGGAAGCAAACCAGACGGGAAAGAGACUCUGGAAUGAGGAAGGAAAGAUUGCCCAGAAACCAUCCAAAUGCAAAAAAAAAACCCACAAAAAAUCCUCUGUCCUGUGAAGACUUAAUUUACUGGAGAGAAAGUCAUGCCUUAGGGAAGAGUAAAAGCCUUUAAAGAUAAAUGUGAUUUAGAACUCCCGAAUGCUAUUGAGAAAUACUGCAGCACGCCGAAAUGCUUCAUAAGCCUGGGGCCCUCGCUGGUCAGUGGAGCAGAUUCAACCAGGGAUCUGUUCUCAUCAAACAUGAAGAAAGCUUUUUAAGUCCUACCUUGCACCUUCACUCUGGCGGGACCAAUCCCCUUUGCUUUUUCAAGUCACCGUUCUCUGCCUCUAUUAGAUUGGGGCUUAGCAGGCAAGCACCAUUUUGAGGAUCAUCCUUUUCUAGUACAAAAGAGGGAGCAGCAAGGUUCUGAGUCCCAAAGCCACGAACGUGGAGAUGAGACCCAAACUACCUACUCUGAUGGCUGCCCGUGCUGCCCACUGCCUUUGUGAGCGUGCGGUCGGGGUGGGGGCAGCAGAGAAGCAGCAUGUGCACUGAGCGGAUGGCUGACUUAUUGUGUGACCCUGAAGUAACAGCGGGACCUCUCUGGCCUUCUGAGAGACUCUCUCCUGUCGGCUUCACAAAGCUGUAGCGGCGAUAAAUGGUUUUCGUGAAAACGUUCUGUAAAUCACAAAAUGCCCUUCUGUAUGUUUAGUAUUACUUUGGCUUAUUUUGGAUGCACCAAGAAUUUCUUCACCAAGAAGAGGUGAACCAGCUUAGAGAAUGAGCUUUCUAUGUUGAAAAACAAUACCGAGGGAACACCUUUUGGGGGUCCACUCUUCCAAAUCCAUUCUCCUCAUUUGGUGACUCCAGGUUGUGCAACACACACAAAACAACCUUGCAAAUUUAUACAUUACAAACCCUCUUGUUUGAAGGGCUUUUGUUGGUCAUGAAGUAAAGGAGUGGGGAGAGAGAAAAGGGGACUAAUUCUGGUAAGGGACUAAUUCUAACUUCAUGUAACUUCAAAGUCACAUGGAAUAAAUUCAAAUGCCUUUUUUGCCAUGUAAACACUUAUUUGGAGAAAAAGGGUCAUCAAAAUUAUCCCUACCCUGUAAAUUCAACAUAUAUAUAAAUUCCAUGAAGAAAACCUCAAACAAGGACCAAACUAUGAAUGACCAGCUGACAAGAAUGUUGUGAGUCUGCUAAGAUACUGUAUGAAAUAACUUUUGAGAUUUUUUUCCUAAUCUGACAGUCUAUGUAAAUGUUAAUUAUAGUUGAAUGUUAUUUAGCUAACACCUUAUUUUUGUUUACAUUUUUAAUAAAGUAGAAUUACAAGUGGGGCCACCUGUACAGGUUAUAAUGCACUGAGUCCCCUUGUGUAAUCAGCGUGUAAAGGACAUAUGUUCCCAUUAUAUAGAACAUGGAACUUAAUUAUAUAAUUUCAAAGGAUUACACAUUUUACUGAUGGUUGUUAUGUUGGUUUUAUACAAUUGUUAGUUAUACCUAUGAUUUAUUUGAAGCUUAAGCUUUGAAGGUACUAAGAUCCUCGAUUCUAAUUUGUUUCUAAGGAAAGCACCCUUGGCUUUAUGGUAAUAUACGUUUUUGAUGCAGUUCCCAGUAAUGUGUUCUGGGAAAAACAGGAGCCUACAUAAGACUUGUGUUGUUUUUUUUAAUUGAUAAAUUCUAUUUAUUG